UGGAUCAAUAUCUACGCCCAAUGGGCCAAGCCCAAUCACAAUAAAUGGCGGAGUCAUUCUUUUACUUGCUUCGCCAUUGGGCAAACAAGUAUCCAAAGCUUCGCGGAGGGUCCAAUAACCGGUUAGCAUCCGGUAAGGGGUAACCGAAAGGCACGAGAAAUACAGUACGCAGUUUCUUGAAAUGAAAAUGAAACAAUACAGUCUACAACCAUCACUGGGCAUUUUUGCAGAUUUGCCACUAGAAUUCGCCAUGAUCCCCGACCAGAUGGUAUCUCUUUCCCUUUCCCUUUUCUUUUCCUCCAAUCAUUCAAAAUCGAUCUCCCUCCAUUUUUUAUAUUCGGUAUGUUUUCUGUUUUUCCAGGGAUUCUUUGCUUUCGUAAUUGAAGUUUGACGUUCGUGGCGCAUACUCCUAGAUCCUCUGUUUUCUCAAGUUCAUUAUCGAAGCACCUGAUCCUCCUCAAUUUUAUCCUCAACUUCCAAAUUUUUGUUCUGGCUUGCGCUUUCAGGGUGCGCUCUAUUUCGAUUGGGAGAGAUUGACGAACUUUGAUUAAGCAGCAGAAAUGCUUACAUGCAUAGCUCGUCCAAAGAAACUCGGGCAUGAGUCACUGAAUCAGCCCGAUGAUUCCGAUUCUACUAACCCAAGCGCCGCCAAGAGUCAAGCUACCAAAUCCCUCACUUCUCAGCUCAAGGAUAUGGCGUUGAAGGCAUCCGGAGCUUACAAGCAUUGCGCCCCCUGCACCGGACCACAGACACAGAAUCGACUGAGAACCAGUACUGAGUCAGACGCGGACUCGGAUCGGUUCCGAUGGUCCUACAGACGAACGGCGAGCUCAAGCUCGACAACGACGAGGACAUGGGGAAAGGAGAUGGAAGCGAGGCUGAAGGGGAUUUCGAGUGGGGAGGGGACGCCGAACUCUGCCAGUGGACGGCGGGUGGAACCGGUGGUGCUGUUCGUCGAAGAGAACGAACCUAAGGAGUGGGUGGCGCAGGUGGAGCCCGGCGUAUUAAUCACCUUUGUAUCACUUCCGAGCGGAGGGAAUGAUUUGAAGCGAAUCCGGUUCAGUCGGGAAAUGUAUAAUAAAUGGCAGGCGCAAAAAUGGUGGGCAGAGAACUAUGAAAGGGUCAAGGAACUUUACAACAUUCAGAAGCUUAAUCGCCAAGCCUUCCCUCUUCCAACACCACCAAGAUCUGAAGAUGAGCUCUCAAAGCUUGAAUCAGCAGAAGAUAUCCCUGUGACACCCCCAUUAACCAAAGAACGAUUACCUCGUAAUCUAAAUCACCCAACGGCGUUGGGAACGGGAUACUCGUCAUCGGAUUCUUUUGACCAUCUUUCAAUGCAAUCUCGCCAUCAUCAUGAAUCGGGUGGCCUUAACUCAACACCUAAAGUCUCCACCAUAAGUACGACCAAGACAGAAGCAUCAUCCAUGGACGCCUCUAUCAGAAGUAGCUCAUCCAGGGAGGCUGAUCCUUCAGGGGAUAUAUCAAUCAGCAAUGCUAGUGAUCAAGACACUGAAUGGGUCGAACAGGAUGAACCUGGGGUUUAUCUUACCAUCAGAACAUUACCAGGCGGCAAAAGAGAGCUAAGACGAGUCAGAUUCAGCCGAGAAAGAUUUGGGGAGGUGCAUGCUAGAUUAUGGUGGGAAGAGAAUCGAGCCAGGAUACAUGAACAAUACUUGUGAGAUUGAGGAAUAAUACUUCACAGAGCCUGGAGGUGGUGUUGCUUAUGAAAUUGUUUCAUACCUUGUCUUACCAUACUAGAGAAAUCCCAUUAUAGGUAAAUUAGAUAUCACAAGAGGUGUUCUUGGCACCUCUCCUGUUUUAGGCCGCAUACAUAAACUCGUCACACUAGCUAUAUUUGUGUGAUCAGUUCAAUUUUUCUCUUGAAUGUAUGUGGUAAAUUUACCUUUUGCUAUUUCCUUCACAUAAUGGUGGAUAAGGGUGCCAAUUGCUAUGUUACAUGAAAGUCGGGUGGGUGUAAAUUUCUAUAGUAAAUCAGAUAUUGGGUACAAGAAUGAAUGAAUCUAUCAAUUGCUUUUUGUUUCCACUU